GAGCGUGAGGGUGCUGUGUGAGUCAGGAGAGAGAGGGAGAAGUGCGGAGGGACAGUAAGGAUCUGCACCGCAGCUCUCCAGAGUGCACUGAGAGGCUGAGCGAGUCUGGACUGCAGGCUGCCGAACCCUUCACAGGAGCAGACACACUGGCAGACAGAGGGGAAAGGCGGGGAAAGAGCUUGUCUUGCCACACUGCACUGCAGCCAUGGACUCUCUAAGUGCUGUCCUGGAAGCUAUGAAGGUGGGGCUGCAGAAUGAAGAGGAGCUGAAAUCCCAUCUGGACACACUGCUGACAGUGCUGCAGGAGAAGAGAGAGGGCGCCGCUGAGCAGAUUGCAGUGAGUGGUGUGCUGCCUAUCCUGGGACAGACGCUGGGCAAGAACACCUCUCUCACAAUACAGGUGGCACUGGUGAUCGCUGAGCUGGCCAGAGAGGCCACAGUGAGGGAGCCCUGCAUUGAGGCAGGCCUGGUCUCAGCCCUGGUCCCCCUGCUGGAGAGUUCUGAUGAAGACCUGCUACUGCACACGGGCCGUGCCAUCGGACGCAUCUGCUUCGACAACAGUCCCCAGCAGGAUCAGCUGGUGCAGUGGGGUGUCAUUCCUCGGCUGGUGGCAAUCAUGCAGCAGUACCCGGAGAACGAUCCCCUGGUCAACGUGUGCCUGCUCGCUCUCUGCAACCUGGCGGACAUUGAUUGUGCUCGGGAUGCACUAGCAGAGGUGGGAGUGGCGGGGUGCCUGACAGUGCAGCUGCGACGAGCCCCCAAUGCUGAGCGCCGACACAUCAUUCUGGAGGUGCUGGGGACACUGGGGGAAAAUGAUUUGCUGAAGCUGCAGUUUGUGGACGCAGGAGUCCCUCAAGCCCUGUCGGAGAUGAUUCAGGGUCUACAGGGGGGAUCUGACCCCCACGACCUCUGCAGCAUCAAGAUUGCCUCCAAUCUCAUCGUGUCGCUGUUGCUGGGGGAUGAAUCCAUGCAGAAGUGUUUUGGGGACGGGACAGGCAGUAUCUAUCAGGAUGUCCUGUCUUGGCUACAAUCGUCCAACACCCAGCUGCAGCUGUCGGGAGCACUGGCCAUCGCCAACUUCGCCAGGAAUGACGGGAACUGUGUGCGGAUGGUGGAGCUCGGGGUGGUCCCUCACAUAUUAAACCUGCUGGAGCACCAUGUGGAUGAAGGGGACGUGUCUGUCCAGCACGCUGCUCUGAGUGCUCUCAGGAACCUUGCAAUUCCAGCCACUAACAAGGUGCGGAUGCUGGAGGAUGCGGUGUCGGAGAGGAUUAAGGCCCUGCUGCGUUCGGAGAUGCCCCCGGUACAGUUCAAACUGCUGGGCACCCUGCGCAUGAUGGUCGAUGGGCAAGAGGAAGCAGCGGCUGUGCUAGGCCAGGAUGAAGCCCUUUUGUCUAGGGUGAUGGAAUGGUGUGAGGCCCGGGAUCAUGCUGGGGUCCGGGGAGAGGCCAACAGGCUGCUGGCAGCCCUCAUCAGACAUAGCCGAGCUCCAGAAGUGAUCCACGCUGUGACCAGAGCAGGUGGAGUGCGGCACCUCAUCACCAUGGCAACAAGCGAACACGUCAUCAUGCAGAACGAAGCCCUGGUUGCCCUGGCGAUCGCCUCUGCUAUCGACAUUGAGUCCAUGGAGGUCGUGUUUCGGGAGGUGGGCCUGGUGCCCACUCUGCAGCAGAUGCUGGAUGACCCUGUGGGUGCAGUCGAGGUGAAGUUCAGUGCAGUUGGCCUCGUCUGCAGCCUGGUCAACUCUGUCUCCCUGAGGGAACAGAUGGAAUUGCUGAACCUUAAGGAAAGCCUGACCAAACUCUCUGGUCAUGCCAAUGCCAAGCUGGCCUCACAGGCCAACACCGCACUGACUGUCCUGGCAGAGAUGAACUAGGCCAGUGAUGCACCUUUCCCUCUGCAUACAACUGCCAUUGACUUAGCAUCCACCAGGACCAGAGCUACUGCGCUGUGAACUACUGAUAAACUAGAAGCACAGGAACAUGCUGAGCUGCCACAACAUAUGGAAUUCAAGAAUAGACAGGAGUGUUUUAAGUAGAGGGUGAUUCCCAGUGGAUCCCUGUACCAUACCAAUUGUGUUGCUGCAGGUAAGGCAUGCAGUGAUUCAGGUCUUCUGGACAUCAACUGCAAUGAGAACAACCAACCCACUCAGAUUGGAGCACUAUUAUUCACAGAUUUGGAAUUGACAAAACCUGGAACUGACCUGCUUGAUUGACAAGCACAAGCCAAGACUUGAGUAUCUCGGAGGAUGUCCAGGCUAACAAAGGGGCCUUUUUCCAAAAUAACAUUGAGGAUCCAGCAACAACAUGCGAGUAGUAUAAACAUAUCAGGAAUGAAUUAACGCAUACGAACCACAGGUGCAUUAGAGUAUUAGAGCACUAUUAUGAUUUUAUGCACUUUCUGUUCAGGACACUUAAUUAUGAUGUUUUAAUUUGUAUGCUGAUGAAAAAGUGACAUAAAACCAAACCAAAUGUA